CGUGUGAACUGAUACCAUUAAGACAUUUACAACACUGUUAAGAUAAUUUUUACACAUAAGGACGUUAAAUCUCACUUUUAAGUUGCAGUUUGAUAACGGUAAUCUGUCAAUUGCAAGUGAUCAAUUCCGCAUGAGCUACAGUGACAUCACGCUGUGACACCACGAUGAACAGGAAGAGAGAGACUUGACUUGCUGGUUUGCACGAGAAACAUAAAGAUGCCAGAAAGUGCUUCCGUUGACAGAACCUCUCCUGGAAGGGAAAAUAAGCAUGAUAUGCCAGAGGCGCGUGUCACAAAGGCGGAGGAUGCAGACGACCCGUCGCAUUUGCUAAGAAAUGAGUGCCGUGAUAAUAAAACUCAAAUAGAAUCAGAAAGCGAAAUGACAGGAAAUUUACAAGAAGGGCGAAGAACAAGCUUAACCAGUAGACAAUCUGAAAAAGACGCGGCUGCUAGAAAUGGUGAUACAUUACAAAAUGAUAAUGAGACGAGGGGUUGUGAGUUCGUUUCAGACGCGGGAAAGCAAAGUUCUGUUGAAGAAUUACCUUUAAUACACUCUAAUGGCGAUAACCGUCAUGUCAAUAUAAAUUCACAAAAUGAUUUUAAUUAUUAUAAUGAAAAUAAGAAUGGUGGUCCAAAUGGGAAAGCAUUAGAACGUGGGACAAGUUGCUAUGACAACGCUCCUGAUGGGGGUUGGGGGUGGGUGGUGACGUUUGCAGCAUUCAUGGUGGGUGUGAUUCUUGAUGGAAUUUCUUUUUCUUUUGGAAUAUUUUUCAAAGAAUUACUGGUGUAUUUCAAGGAAAGUAAGAGUUUGACCUCAUGGAUUAUAUCAGUACUCAAUGGAACCUACCUUGGAAUUGGUCCUAUUUCAAGUAUUAUGGUAUCGGUGUUCGGAUGUCGACAGGUGGCAGUGUUUGGUGCAUUACUAUCAGCAGUAUCGUUCUUUGCUUGCACGUGGUCACCAAAUGUCCAGGUGAUGAUCAUUCUGUAUGGUCUGUUAGGAGGUGCUGGGCUCGGUCUUCUGUAUCUUCCAUCUAUUGUAACAGUUGGACAUUAUUUUAAAAAACGACGAGCCCUGGCCACCGGUAUAGCUGUGUGUGGGAGUGGUAUCGGAGGUUUUGUGUUUGCCCCACUUAGUGAGUUCCUUAUAGAGAAGUACACUUGGAAAGGGGCUAUGUGGAUUAUAUCUGCUAUUGUCCUUAAUGGCAUCCCUAUAGCAAUUCUACUGAGGCCCCUAGAGGGGUCCGAGGAGGAGGACAAGCGGAGGAGAAGUAUGCCCAAAGGUGGCGCUAACACACAACUUCUUGCCGACGAUACAGAGGACUGUGAGGAAAGUAAACUAUCUAAGUGUGCACAGUGUUGUGAUGUGUCUUCUAUGUUUGAUUUCGAGCUGUUGAGGAGCCCGACAUUCCUCGUAUAUGGACUUUCAUGCUUUCUCUGUAUGUUAGGAUUUUUCAUUCCAUUUACUUACAUUCCGGAUCUCGCAGACGAAUUCGGUAUGACGUCACAGCAGGGAGCCAUGUUGAUCUCAAUUAUUGGAAUUUUGAACACAGUAGCACGUGUUCUAGUUGGUUGGUUGGCAGACCGACCGUGGGCCGAUCCCCUGAAGAUUAAUAGUGUGGCCCUGUUGAUAGGCGGGGUUGCAACCAUGUUUGUUCCUUAUUAUUCUCACUACGGGGCGAUGUCGACCUACUGUGUUGUGUUCGGAAUCAGCAUCGCCGUGUUUGUAUCAUAUCGUUCUAUUAUCAUGGCGGAGUUGUUGGGUAUAGAAAAGCUGACGUCAUCAUUUGGACUCGUCACAAUGUGUCAGGGACUCUCGGCAUUCAUCGGCGCACCUAUCGCAGGUGCACUAUCAGAUGAAGCCGGGGACUACGAAGGGGCCUUUUAUUUAGCCGGGGCAGCAAUAGCCCUAUCAGGGGCAAUAUGUUUUCCACUGAGAGCAGUGUGUCGGUGGGAAAAUAGACGACAAGCAAAGAUAAAAACAACCACCACACACUUUGAACUUCAACAUUCCGAUAAAGCGGUAGACGUUUGAUCGAAGAAGUAAAACGUGUACAAAUCUACAAGAACUAUUUGCUUGUAGCUGAUCACUGCACUUCGCAGUGAAGUUACAGGAGCAUAAAGAAACUACAAUGGGAACUAAAUGACUUCAGAAUUACAUUUUUCAUAUUUUUGGUGCUCGGGGAAUGUGCCAAGCAGCGCGGGUGUUUGAUACAUUAUACAUCAGAAAAAUCCGAAGUCAUACUCCACAAUUUUUGGUUGUUUGUUUGAUGUAUCUAAUCAGUAUUUUGACAAUAUUUUAUUAAUGUAAAAUACUAGGGAGUUGAAUCCAUUGUGUGAAACAUGUUGCUAGAAAACGUCAUAAACACUUAAUAAAAACUAGCCGUUAAAAUGCAGUUUCACAUUUUCGUUCACAGUGAACAGUGUAACGUGGAAUUUCCACGAAGAUCCGGUUUUUUUUUCAAACUGCUGACUAUUUCAUUCUGUGCUAUAUAGAAACAUUAACCAUGACCUUGAUCAAAAGGUUAGUUUCGUAUUACAGAAACCCAAGAAAAAAGACUCCACCACCAGGGAUUGAAUCGUUGCAAUUUAGAAAGGUUCAAUUGACUAACGCCAUAGAACACUCGUCCUUGGCUGAAUUUUCAAACAGGUGGGGAAGUAUACACAAACACCUAGUAAUGGUGACUUGGACUUUGAACAGAUGGUUCUCAUUUCUUAUUACAAAAAAAGAGAAGAAAAGAAAGUUCAUCCUCUAUGGCUUGCAUCGCUA